AUGCUCGUGGAGAAGAUCACGCACUUGCUGGAGAUGUUACACACUACCCAAGUGCAAUCAGACAUGUACCUCCAGGAUCUCCAACGGUCCAACUCCAUGCUCCAGGGACUGAGGGAAAAGAACAAGAACCUGUACGAGAAGGUUCAGAUGUGCGAAACCUGGAAGAUGCGAGCCUUGCUGAAGAUCGCUUCGAAUGAGUUCGAGAUGAGGAGUUCAGUCAAGGGCCACAAGUCCAGCAUCAAGGAGGGCAAUGCUCUGUACCUGGAUGGCCUGCAGUACUCCAACAAGGAGAUUGGUGAGCUCAAGAAGCUCAUCCAGAACUACAUGAAGGAAGAAAACGUCAAGGAAAUCCGCCUGCAGGACAACAACCUAGACAAGACUGCGGUACCACUCAUUUGCGAGCUGCUGGACCUGUGUCCGUACCUCACAAAGCUGGACAUGCGGAGGAACAGGCUCGACAACGAUGCUCUGGCUGAUAUCCAGGGCUUCGUGGAGCGCAUUCCGGGCGUCACUACACUGGUGAAGGACCCCGUGACAGGGGACCUGCGAGCACGCUCGGGAAAUCAGGUGCGGCUGGUGAUCCUCCUGGAGGAUCAGAGUCCACCUGACCCGGACAUGCCAGU